GUUCAGGCCUAAUUCCCCAUCAGUGAAGACAUCUCAGGGCUAGACACUGGGAGGAGGGCUGUAGAGUAGGAUCCCAGGGGAGAGGGAAAGAGAAAAAGUAAUAGAAAGCAGCCUAGAUGGCACUUCCUCUUAAAUCCUCAGAGCCAGGCUAAACAUAAAGUUAAUUCAUCAGGAACCAGAGGUGAAGUAGAUCUUCUAUGGCUGCAUCAGCCCCAAGGGCUGUACUACCCUGUGCUCCCCUCCCCAUUAUUAUUUCAGCCAUUGAAGCAUACUGAGCUGUAGGACCUUCACGAUUAAGCUUUGGUUACUCAGAGUUCAACAUGUUUAAUCUUUAAUUACCUGAGUGGGGUUUACCCCCUGGUAGGUACAUAAUCCCUGGUGGUGGUGGUGGUGCCCUCUCCUUGGAAGGGACCAGCACUUAAGAUAUUAACCUAGAUCGGGCACUGCAGGGUAUUGAAGGGGAAUGUAUGCAGAAGACGGAUGUUAACGAGCCAGGUGCAAGUGGCUUCUGCACUGUUUAGUGCCUUCACCGUGUAGCCCUUUGACUACAAAUCUAAGAGGCUAUGAAUGAAAGUAGUAUUUGUUGACCGCUUACUUUGGACUCCUCGUACCCAAGGCCGAAACCACCCCUCCCUUCUCGAACUCCUCUCGGGUUCGAGAGUCCGGAGUGGCGGUUCCCGGCGGAUGGCUCCUGGGAGUGCGCACGCUUGAGGGGCGGAUGGGGCGAGUCCUGCAGCGAGCGCGGCCACUCACAGGCGUUCUUACUGAUAACGCGUCUGUCCGCCCGAGUGCUUCCGGGGUGGAGGUUAUCAUGGCGGCGGCCUUGGCUCGGCUCGGGCUCCGGGCUGUCAAGCAGGUUCGGGUUCAAUUUUGCCCCUUCGAGAAGAACGUGGAGUCGACGAGGACCUUCCUCCAGGCGGUGAGCAGCGAGAAGGUCCGUUCCACCAACCUCAACUGCUCGGUGAUUGCAGACGUGAGGCACGACGGCUCCGAGCCCUGCGUAGACGUGCUGUUCGGAGACGGCCAUCGCCUGAUUAUGCGCGGCGCCCACCUCACCGCCCAGGAAAUGCUCACUGCCUUCGCGUCCCACAUCCAGGCCAGGGGCACGGCGGGUAGCGGGGACAAGCCUGGUCCUAGUGCCGAGCGCUGAUAGCGCGGAAGAGACCAGCAAGCAUGUUUUAGCCUGGGACUUACUAGGAUACUUAUCCAAGAAAAGCUUGACUUAAUCACUCAAAUCACUAUCUGGAGGGACACAGAGCGUUCCCCGCCCCCCCGCAAAAAAAAGAGCCCUUUGACUACAAAUCUAACCAGUGUUUCUGGGACGAGACAGGAUCCGGGAGGGGUCUGGACAAACUUGAAUUCAUUUCACUUUCUUACCAUCACUCAACUGCUGAACCGUUUUGAAUCUGGCUUUCCCCACCACUCACUCAAGGUACCUCUUACUCUUAUUACAUAGCUAAAUCCAGUGCUAUUUUCUCAAUCAUGUUUCCAUCUCAGCAUCUGCCACUUUCAAUUCACUCCCUUGUAGAACUUCUCUUCCUUUUUCUUCUCUUAACCAUAAAGGGGCACUUCAUUUUUUCCUCUAUUUUGGAGGCAUCUCUUCUGUCAUAACUUGAACUACCCUCUUUGGUUAAACCCUACAUUUCUGUUUAGCUCUAAUCUCAAUUUCUGUGCUAUAGUUGGAUUACCUACUACAGGUUUUCUCCAAAUCCCACUAACACUUUUUGUCCAAAAUAGAAGUGACGAUCUUAUAUACACAUAUACUUUCCCCACCCCCUGACUACCCGGUUCCUUUUAAAGACACUUCAUCUGUUCAGCCACCUGGGCUGGUAAUCACAGCAUUAUCUCUGGUUCUUCCCUCUCCUUUCCCUGCAUAUCCAGUCAAUAAGUUCAGAAUAUUCUGUCUGAAACAAAAGCUCCUGAAAUGUUCUCUUCAUUCCCAUUCACUCUCCUGUAUCAUUGUUGCAUUCUCCUAGCUUGUCUCCUUUUUUCUAAUCAUUUUUGCUGCUGCUUCAUUCUAUCUUUCCAAAGCAUAUCACUGGUUGUCUCACUACGAUUUGUUUGAGAGAACAGUACCUAAAGUAUUUUUAGGCAUUGUGUUUAAAGUAUUUUUCAUAUUGAGUUACCACCUGUUAAUGUGGAUCAUGAAAUGAAUUUAGGGGGUAAAUCAACCUUUAAAAAACAAAGUAAAAUAGAAUAAAAAGUAUCAGAGUGCAUGGCACAUGAAAUGGGAAGUAUUCUUUUAAGAAACUGAAGUUUUAAGCAUAUAUGAAUAUAGAUAUGCAUGUGUAUAGAUAUAAAGUAUGUGUGUGUGUGUGUGUAGCUGUAUGUACUUGGUUGCAAGAGAGAAUUAUUUCUUACUGUAGGUUAUAGGAAAAAAUGGUUGCUAGUCAUUGGUUUAGAGAACUUCAGAAUGCUCAGCUAGGCAAUCAGGGAUCUCUAGACACUGGCUCCUAUGUACUCUGGCAAAUACAUUUUCCAUGACUCCUCUAUGGCAUUACUACACUGUUCUGCUUAAAAGGGUGCUAUCUUCAAAGAGUUAUUUUUUUCCCUUCCCCUUUAAAAAAAUAGAACUACCAGGAAGCAGUAUAGUGUAGUUAAGAGCCAGAAUGCUUGAGGUUGAAUUCCCAACUUUGCUCUUAAGUAGCUAUGUAUCUUUGGACAAAUUACUUAGUCCCUCAGUGCCUGUUUCCUCAUUUAUGAAAUGGGGAUAAUACUAUGUUUCCCCGAAUAUUUUCUUAUUAGACCUAGCCGGACAAUCA